UGCUAGUCAACUGGCACCAAUUUGGACGAGAGAAGAGGGUCAAAGGUCCUGCCAGCUCACCAAAUUCGCGGAGAUAAUGAUUAAAAAACAAUAAGUUAAAGAAGAAAACGGGAAAAAAUUAGAAAGAACAGAACAGUCGUCGUCAAUUUUAUAAAAAAAAAAAAUCGGCGUGCAGGGAAACAUUCCCUCAACGAUUUCCGGACCCCCGGUGGCCGCAACCGCCAACAAGGCCACCUUUCCGCUUUUCCCCUCUCCUACCGCCGCGCUUCCGGCCGGAUAACCUGCUUCGACUCAACAACCACCACAUCCGCCGCCGUAGUUCAAUUGAAGGGGGGAAAACGAUGACGACGGCUCGUUUCCCUGAUCACAUUUGAUUCCCGAUUCGUUGCUCUACCUUAGAUCUGUAUGCACACAGUAAGCAAUCCCCAGCCCCUUCCCCCAAUUCAUCGUUUCAAAUUUCAUUCCUUUUCGCUGAUGAUUUGAUCGGAAUCCAAACGGCAAACAGGUGGAAUUUGCUCCGAUCGCAGCCGUCCACCGCCGUCGGCAGCUAUGCAAUCCCGAGCGGCGGUAUCACUCGAGGAAAGCAACCAAGACUCAAAUCCUCCUCCGAUUCCUUCAAUCAAGACGACGAUCCCUCCUCAAUCCAGGGGAUUGCCCUUGCGGUUGCUCCGGUUGUUCCUGCUCUUCCUAUCCCUCUGCCUCGCGUUCUCCUUCAUCAGCAUCUACGCAAUCAGGCGGUUCGGAGUGCAGAAUGUUGUCACCACCGUGAAGUCCGGCUUCAUCCCCAGCUGCAUUGGUGGCGGUGCUGACUCGUUUGCGACGCUCGAGCGGUUUGUAGCCCCGCCGUCGAACUUGCUCCACAGGAUGAGCGACGAGGAGCUGCUCUGGAGGGCUACACUCGUCCCACGGAUACGGAAAUACCCUUUCAGGAGGGUUCCAAAGCUGGCCUUCAUGUUCCUGUCCAAGGGUCCUUUGCCACUUGCACCUCUUUGGGAGAGGUUCUUCAGGGGUCAUCAGGGGCUUUACUCCAUUUACCUGCACUCCCUUCCUACGUUCGAAGCCAAGUUCCCGCCUUCCUCUGUCUUCUACCGGAGGCAGGUCCCUAGUAAGGUUUCUGAAUGGGGCAAGAUGAGCAUGUGUGACGCCGAGAGACGACUCCUCGCCAACGCACUGCUCGACAUCUCAAACGAGUGGUUCAUUCUCCUCUCGGAAUCAUGCAUCCCCCUCUACAACUUCAGCAUCAUAUACAGCUACAUAAGGAGGUCAAACCACAGCUUCAUGGGUGCGUUCGACGACGAGGGGCCCUACGGCAGAGGCCGCUACAACGAGAACAUGGCCCCCGAGGUGAACAUCACGCAGUGGCGGAAAGGGUCUCAGUGGUUCGAGUUAAGACGACAUCUCGCUGUCAGCAUAGUAGAAGACACAAAGUACUACCCGAAAUUCAAGGAGUUCUGCAGGCCACACUGUUACGUCGACGAGCAUUACUUCCCCACGAUGCUGACAAUCGAAGCACCGAACGAUCUGGCGAAUCGUAGCAUCACGUGGGUCGACUGGUCACGAGGUGGAGCCCACCCCGCCACCUUCGGAAGGGCUGAUAUCACGGUGGAGUUCUUCAAGAGGUUAUACGACUCGCAGAAAUGCAAGUACAACGACCGGGAGGAGUUCCGGAUCUGUCAUCUCUUUGCGAGGAAGUUCUCCCCGAGUGCUCUCGAGCCGCUGCUUAACAUUUCUCAGCAGGUGCUGGGAUUUUGAAAGUGUGGUGGUGAGUGGCAUUUGACACUGGUCUUCUCAUCAUUCUUCUUCUUCUGGGUUUGCUACCGUGUGUUUCGUAGUAGUUGCUUUUACCACUUUGCUUUGAUGUGAAAAGCAUAUGCAUGUAAUGGUGCUGUGGCUAAGCUUGUUUUGAUAGGUUUUUUAUGUGUCAAUGUACAGAAGACCUCAACAUAUGGCUAGUUUAGGGUUGAGUAGAUUGUAGAAGAUAGGAACAUUAACUACUGGGAGUGUUUAACUUACUAAACCGAACUUCAAUGAUCCACAGCUGGUUUGUUAACAGUUUGCCUAGUGAAAUGGAUUGAUUCCUUUCUCAGUUUUGUGUUCCUUUUUUCAUCUAGUAGCUGUUGCAAUGUCGAUUCGAAGUUAGAGGAGGCGGAAUGAGACGGUAUCUCUCAGACCUGUCUCACGUUGGAUUCGAUCCAUAUGUCGUGAAUGGUGAAGCGAUAGGAUGCUACUUAAGAUACUGCUAGAAGGCUAAGAACAUGUCGUGAAUGGUGAAAAUGAAUCCAUCAUAAUUGA